GGCCUGCCCUUUUGGGGCCGCUCGUGGUCGCUUCCCUGCAAUAUCACCCCCGUGGAUUCGAAUUCUCGUUGUCCGUUUGUCGUUGUUGCAUCUUCUGGCUGAAUCUUGCAGAGAAUGAGUGAAAUCGUCGCCACACUACCACAAGGAACGCAGGUCGUACUCGAAGCACAGCUGCUCACAUCUGAUGUUGAUCAUACGAUUGAAGAAGUUCGCCAAGAAGUUUUUCAACGCGAACAGCUAAAUGGAGGCCUAACCUGCGGGGGUGCAUCACGAUCAUCAAAUCGAACACUUUUCUGCCGCAAAUGCGAAGGCCACGGACAGCAAGUUGUACUGAAAGGGCACGCCAGUCGAUGUCCCUUUAACAAUUGCAGUUGUAAGACAUGUACAAAUGUGAUGUCAAUGAGAGCUAACGCCAUCAUCAGAAGAUACCGUACACGAACAUUGGAGGGAGGAUUAGUGUUAAAGCCGGUGCACUUUAAAAAUGGAAACACAAGAUUGAGAGUUUUCCCCAAAAAUAUCGAUGAACGAGAUGCACUCACGAUUCAUUUCAAUAACAAAAACCAAAAUGGAUUGGCUAAUAUGAACGCCGCUGAGAUGCAAAUGGAAGUCGGAGCAUACCCACAAACAUCCCCACCAGCAACAGCUAUUCCAGAUUCUGGAAAUGCUCAGAAUCCAUUCAUGGUAAAGAGAAGUCAAUCAGAUCAAGAACUUGAUAGACAGAGUGGACAUACACCAACUAUUGUGGAACAAGCCAGACAAGUACAACAACAGUUCAGUGCAACAAACCCACCAAAUUACGGGCUGGAUCAGUCGCCACCUCCAAUGCCACCAUCAACUGCUAAUGGACAGAUGCCAAUGGGAAUUCUCUCAGACUUUUCAUUGUUGACACCAGAAACCAUUACAGCCAUCAAGAACCUGUUCAAUCCUCAAGGAAAUGAUAUUGUGACUACAACAGCUCCAACUCCAUCGAUCUUCGACAAUACCUUCCUGUCAAAUCUUAACAUUGCAAACGGAGUCACUUACACGUCAGCCAAUAUGAAUGGAAAUCAAAUGUUGAUGACUCCUCAAGUCACCACAGCAUCGUCAACCGGCAUGUUCCCAUUCGAAGAUAUCGACAGAAAGUUGUCAAACGGAGAUUCAAUGCUUAUCAAUCCAGCUGUUUCACAACUCAACGACCUCAAUAUUGCGGUAUCUUCUAAUAACACAAUGUGCACAACUGAAUUGGCUCCAAAAUUGACGCCACAUAUGUUUGAUACUGCCUGCUCUCUCACAACCAAUGGAGAUCAAUCUCCACCCGAGAUCAAGGUGAAAGAAACGAUGCAUGAGCCAAUUGGACUGCAAAACCUGCUGCUCUCAAUUGAUGCUCCAUCUCGUAAUCAUCCAAACUUCCAAAUGUUCCUCGAUUGUGUGUGUAGCCUAGAGAAGACCAUGCUUUUUCCAUCCUCAACAGAAAUGAGCACAUGAGCACUGAGAGUCUACACACAAGCACUCACACACACCCUUUUACCCAACUUUGUCAUAUUUACCCGAAUUCUGUAGAGAUUAUUAGUCUAUUCCAUCCACCCAUUUUCUUCUUGCUCUCGUCUUCCUUUCUCUCUCUGUCUGUUUCUCUCUCCUUCUACACACACUCGGGAAUAUUAAUUUAUUGAUUUUGAAAUUUUGAAAUCGCUUUUUAUUCAAUUUGCUUGAAACAUUUCAUUUAUUGAUAACGCAUCACAACAAAAAACAAAUCCUAAAAAAUCACAAAAACAAAUCCUCUACUGUUUUUAAUGAACAAACUUCCAUACAGCAGGUAUAUAAAUUCCCAAGUUGUCUAGAUCAGUUAGGGCUUCUUUUUUUUCAAACCUCCCUUUCUUUCUCUUUUUUCGUCACCUAGAAUUGGUUUGCUUUACAUUGACUGUGCUCUUCCUAAAAGAACCUUAACCCCCCAACAACACAUACUCUUUUGUUUUGUUUCCUGGCUGAUCUCCGUUUUGACUUUUUACUGUUUUCAUGUUUUUUUAUUAAAUCUAAAUUUUAAUCCUUUUCUAGCUGUAUCCAGUUCAUUAUUCCUUUUGACCUUUCCUGUCUCUUCACAGAAACAAAAAAAGUUGAUUCUAAUUUUCACAAUUUUCCAGCACAUAUGUCGUUUGUGAUUGUCUUCAAGAUCGGGUUCACUCCCCCUCAACUCAUAUAAACAUUUUCCAAAUUAAU